AUGACCGAUAAACAACCUGUCAGUGAAUAUCUUCAAAAUCACAAUCUUCAAAAGUUGGUUGAAGACGCUCUCAAUGAAUGCUACAAUGCCAACGCAAGUGAUCCAGUUGGAUUCCUUGGUCACUUCUUUUUGAACCGUGGAAAGAAGGGUGCAGUCAAUCGUGUCGACAAGAUUGUCGGCAGAGAAAUUUUGGAUUCAAGAGGAAAUCCAACUGUUGAAGUUGAUGUUUAUGCUAAUGGACAAAAAAGACCAGUAGCCACUGCUUCUGCACCCUCUGGAGCAAGUACAGGAAGCAAUGAGGCUCACGAACUUCGUGAUGGUGAUAAAUCCAGAUACCUCGGAAAGGGUGUUUUGAAAGCUGUGAAGAAUGUGAAUGACGUGUUGAGCAAGGCAGUGGAAGGAAAGUCAUUGGACAACUUGCCAGAACUCGAUCAAGCUUUGAUUGAUGCUGAUGGUGAUGAAUUGAAGAGUAAUUUGGGAGGUAAUGCCAUUACUGCUGCAAGUUUUGCACUUGCCACUGCUGGUGCUGCUGUCAGAAAUGAAGAAUUGUUCUUGUACUUGGCAAGAGCAUUCCAUGGUGCUGAUAAGGUUGAAAACUUAAAGUUCCGUUUGCCAACUCCAAUGGUCAACAUUUUGAAUGGAGGUAAACACGCAGGUGGUCGUCUUCAAAUUCAAGAAUUUAUGAUUUUACCAAAGGAGAAUCAACCAUUCCGUGAAAAAGUGAGAUGUGUUGCUGAAGUUUAUCAACAUUUGGGUAAGAUUCUUGCUGAGAGAGCUGGACCAAGCGCAAAGAAUGUUGGUGAUGAAGGAGGUUUUGCACCCAACUUGGAAACUGCUGAUGAAGCAUUGAACUAUAUUGAAGAAGCAAUUGGUAAGGCAGGUUAUAAGGUUGGUGAAGAUGUGUUUUUGGCUUUGGAUGCUGCCUCAAGCGAGUUUUACAAUUCUGAAACCAAGAAGUAUGAAAUUACUCAACAAAAAGAGUUCUUGACCUCUGAGGAAAUGGUUGAAUAUUAUGUACAACUGGUCAAUAGACACCCUGCUAUUAUCUCCAUUGAAGAUGGUUUGGAGGAGAAGGAUUAUGAAGGUUGGAAACUUUUGACUGAAAGAUUGGGAUCAAAGAUCAUGUUGGUCGGUGAUGACUUGUACACUACUAACACCAGAUUAAUCAAGCAAGGAAUUGAAGAAAAGUGGGCUAAUGCUUUGUUGUUGAAGGUCAAUCAAAUUGGUUCCAUCACCGAAGCAAUGAACGCUGCUCGAAUGAUUUUCAAUGUUGGACAAAAGGUUAUUGUGUCUCAUAGAUCUGGUGAGACCGCAACGACUUUAAUUUCUGACUUGGUUGUUGGAAUUGGAGCUACACACAUUAAGACUGGUGCUACUGCUAGAGGAGAACGUGUAUCCAAGUACAAUAGAUUGUUGCAAAUCGAAGAAUAUCUUGAACAACAUGGUUUGCUUGCUUAA